CAACAGAGGCGGUAAACGCUCCCCCUCUUGUGCCAGCUGACCGACUUUCGCACCUCCUGCACCUCCCGUGUGAGACAGUGGAGCCGCGCGCACACACGAGAGUGCGCCGCAGCGAAGCACGUUGCCCGUCUGGCUGCUGGUGCGCCGGACCGAGUCCUUUGACUUGCUUUUGCUUUUCUUUCUUUCUUUCUUUUUUUUUUGUUUUACAAUAUAGUUAUAGUAGUUGGCGUGCAUCCUGCAAAGUAGCACGGCCCGCGUCUUCCGUCUCCGAUCCGCCUGCCCAGGAUGGCACCGGACAACGCGAGCGCAUUUCGCGCCUCCUUUUUGCUGGCGUGUGUGAUAAUCUGCGGUGAUGUGCUAUGUCCCGUCGGUGCCUAUCUCUACAACAAUCGCUACGCGGGCGACCAAGUCUUCAGAAUAACUCCGGCCAACGACGAGGAGGUCCAAGUGCUCCAGAAAAUUCUGGCACAUAUGAAGGUCGACCUCUGGCAGCCCAGCAGGGUUUCGCUGAUCUUUCACAACGCCACCGUGGACGUCCAUGUGAAGCGCAACAACACGCAAAGUCUACACGCGCGCUUAAAGCUGGAACAUAUUGAUUAUCGGGUGUUCAUCUCCAAUCUGCAGAAGGAAAUUGAAAAGCAGACGGGAUAUCGCUCCUCUCGCCGGCGGAGGUCAGAGUCUCAGUAUGACUACGAGGUUUACCACUCUCUGGACGAGAUCCAGAGGUGGAUGUUUGAGAUGAACAGAACCCACCGGGACCUGGUUGACAUGUUCUCCGUUGGGAAGUCGUAUGAGGGGAGGCCGCUGUAUGUGCUUCAGCUAGGAAAGAGAAGUCGUCCCCAGAAGAAGGCCGUGUGGAUCGACUGCGGCGUUCACGCCCGCGAGUGGAUCGGACCCGCCUUCUGCCAGUGGUUCGUCAAAGAGGCCAUCAACUCACACCAGUACGACUCUGUGAUGAGACGACUGCUCAACCAGCUCAACUUCUACAUCAUGCCCGUCUUCAACGUGGAUGGAUAUCACUUCAGCUGGACCACGGAUCGGUUCUGGAGGAAGACACGGUCCAAAAAUCACAAGUUUCACUGCCGAGGAGUGGACGCGAACAGGAACUGGAAAGUGAAAUGGUGUGAUGAAGGCGCCUCCUCUCACCCCUGCGACGACACCUACUGCGGUCCCUUCCCCGAAUCGGAGCCAGAAGUCAAGGCCGUCGCCAAGUUCCUGCGCAAGCACAAAAAGCGCGUGAAAGCCUACAUAUCCAUUCACGCCUACGCCCAAAUGCUGCUUUACCCCUACUCCUACAAGUAUGCUAUGAUCCCCAACUUCAACUGUGUGGAGUCAGCAGCUUACAAUGCAGUGACGGCCCUGUACUCUGCCUACGGAGUCAAGUACAGAUAUGGACCUGCCUCCACAACUCUGUAUGUGAGCUCAGGCAGCUCUAUCGACUGGGCCUACAGGAACGGGAUACGCUACGCGUUCGCCUUCGAGUUGCGGGACACAGGAUACUUUGGCUUUCUCCUGCCUGAAUCUCUGAUCAAUCCGACGUGCACUGAGACGAUGAGGGCCGUGAAGGCCAUUGCGUCAGGCCUGCUGAAGAAGUGUGAGACAGACAGGGACAGAUUUCCAUAUAUAUGACCACACUGUAUGUACCCCGGAUCCCCAGCCUCACAGCUACUUAUCUCCACAACUCGUAUUCCUCUGAGAUUUCAUCUGAAUCCCAGAUAUUAUCAGGCGAGGAGCUGCACGACAACAUGGAUUUUCAUUUGUUUUUUCUUGUUUUUUUAAGGUUCUCCACCUUAUUCUUCUUUUCUGAAAAGAUACGAACUGAUGGUGGUGGUUUUUCUUUUGUGCCAAACCCCCCCCCCCAAAAUCCCAGAAGCAACUAGUUUGUUUACAUCCAGAGAGCAUCCUGUUAAAUCAAUGGGCUAUGAUUUGUGCCUUUCAAGUCCCCCAAAGGUUUGGGAGAAUAUCGCAGAUUUUACCAAUGAAAUAAGCUUUUUUCGCAGUGAAUGGCAGUCAUGCAAGCACUUGGUACAGCAGCACUUUUUUUAAAAGCACAUCGGAGAUUUCAAUAUCUUCCCCAAAAAUGUGUUACAUUAAAUAAAAGUUUUCAUAAGUUCUAGUUUUAAAAUAAUUUCAUUGCAUCAUUGUUUAUUCAUUCAUCUGGUUGCUUUUAUUCAAUUACUUUAUUUUGUAUUAGUUCUACCACCUUCAACUAUGCUGUUAAUGUAUUAAUGCCUUCAUUACUGCAACAUAGGGUUUGGUUUAAAUGGAGAUUUUUUUUGUAAGACAUGUUUUUUUCCCGCCGUUCAAGACUGAAUUUUGGAAAGUCUGUCAGUACAGUAGCUUAUUGUGUCAUUACUCAGGUAUAGAUCAGUGUCGUGUCAGAAAUGUUUACUUUUUACAGCUAAUGCAUGAUGUGAUAUUCAAUGUAAAAUAUCUGACUUGAAGAGGCCUGUCACGAUAGAUACGUUAUCGACUUAUCGUACGAUACGUGAACAUGAACUCGAUCAUUUCUAUUGACCUCGAUAAUCGACAUUGUGUUUACAUUUCUAUCAGCAGGCGUUUACUAAAAGCACACAUGAUUCAGUUGCAAGAAAUGACAAUAAUAUCGUUCAUCGCAAUUAUUUCUGGCCUAAUAUAUCGUCUGACAAAAAGUAGUUCUCGUGACAGGCCUAAACUUGAAUAAACGUUGUUCUAUAGAAGUACAUAUAUAUAUAUAUGUUGUCACAAAUAUGUUGUGUUUAUGUGCAUUUAUGUUGGUCUGUUAUUGACAUUAUUAAAAAUGAACAAUUUC